AAUACGAGGACAGGCUUGUUUGGAGUAUAAAAGGGUCCUGAGAGUCUCAGACUUCUCCUGAUGUUUGGGAUUCUAUUAGUCCAUGCUAUAUGUCAAGGAAGGAGGUGGUUUCUGAUGCAACUGUUGAUGAGUAGCUGAUAUGAUGCAUCCGGCCCCCUUCUGUCUAAUCUUUCUGCUUGCAAUGAUUGUUGUCAAUCUAGCAGUUGAGAAUGAUCAAAGAAUUAUUGGUGGCACAGUGGUGGAGCCUUACUCUAUCAAAUAUCAAGCCUCUCUCCUGUUCAGAGGCCACCACUUCUGUGGUGGCACCCUGGUUCACCCUCAGUGGGUGGUGUCUGCUGCCCACUGCUGGAGGCCAAAUGAGUUGAUCAAAGUGGUCCUGGGGGAGCACAACAUCAAAACAAAAGAGGGAUUCGAGCAAAUAUUUGACGUCUUGUUAAUCAUCAAACAUUACCAGUUUAAUUACUGGAACCUGGACAAUGACAUCAUGCUUCUUAAGCUGGACCGCCCUGCUGUCAUCAAUGAAAAGGUGAGCCCAGUUGUUUUGCCCCGGACGGGCACUCUACAGGAUUUUGCUCGGUGCACAGUCAGCGGCUGGGGGGUCACCUGGGUCUAUGGCCAAAGCUUGUCUCCUGAACUGAUGUCUGUAGAUGUGGAUUACUUCGCAGAGUGUUGGUAUUACUACUACUUCAGGAUCACAAAAAACAUGAUCUGUGCUGGGUCCCAUGAAGGAGGGAGAGACUCCUGUCAGGGAGAUUCAGGAGGGCCGCUGGUCUGCAACGGCCAACUGGAAGGCAUUGUAUCGUGGGGCAUUGGGUGUGCCUAUUCUUAUUACCCCGGCGUCUACAGUAAUGUGAGAAACUAUGUGUCAUGGAUCGACUGGGCCAUUCAGAACAGCUAACCACCCACCAGGCCAAAGAAGACACUCCAGAGAUUAAUCUUUAUAUUGGUAAAGAAAAUUGAAAGGUUUUUCUGUGGUUGUUUU